GGCGUUUAUAAAAGUGCAUUACAAAAAUAAAAUAGAAUUACUUACGACUGGAACUAACGGUGAUAAUGUUGAAGUUGUUGUUAUGCGUACUAUUUUCUGGUUCUCUAUUUGCGGCUAGUAUAGACACAAAUGCUCCAUCCGGUGAUGACAACGGUACCAAGAAUAGAGAAGUGGGAAGACUGCGUGAAGAAAAGCAUCGUAUUGUCGGAGGAAAUUUCGCGGACAAGGGAGAGUAUCCAUGGCUAAUUGUAUUAAGAUAUGGCGGAAGGUUCCGGUGUGGUGGGACGAUCAUUAACCCAACAACUAUCAUCACUGCUGCUCAUUGUGUAACCAAAAAACGAAAGAGGUACUAUGAAAUCGUUGCCGGGGAUUACAAAGUCUGGGAAAAAGAAAAAUCAGAGCAGAAAAUUAGAGUUAGAAAAAUAUUAAAGCAUCCGAUGUAUGGAAAAGAGGCAAAGUUUAACAACGAUAUUGCAAUAUUAAAGCUGUCUAAAAGACUUCGCUACAACAAAUUCGUGAAACCUUUACGUGUGAUAUCCAACGAAGACAUGGAGGAAACCCUUUUUUCAAAUUGUGUCGCAGCUGGAAUAGGGGACGUAGAUAACUUUUCAACAACGCCUACAAGAACUAAAGAAGUCAGAGUGAACAUCCAGCCGAAUUCAACGUGUGCAUUAAUUGCCACCGUAAAGUAUUGGCGACUUUUUACAAACAGUAUGCUGUGUUCGAAAGACAGAUUACAGGGUGUUUGCAGUGGUGAUAGUGGUGGGCCAUUAAUUUGUUAUGGUGAUACUGCACAGACAAUAAGCAAUGCUUAUUUAGUUGGAGUUGUGUCCUUCGGAGAUGCGAAUUGUUUUGUUGGCUUUAAUGUUUAUGCAAGAGUAUCACAAUUUAUUAACUGGAUAGAGAACAAUUCAUAAGGACAAUGCAAUUAGAAACUCUGAAAACUAUACAAAACUUCGUGUUGUGAUUGCGUAUGUAUCUGUGUGAAUAAAGGAAUUAAUUUCACAAACAAGACAGUCUUAUUAAAUAAUGGUUUAGCGUUACCGUUUGCAGAGCCAUUCCGCUUUGUUCGACCUGCUGUAUUUGAUGAAAGGGCUUUCGUUCACCUCAACCAGUUGAAUUUAUUACAGGAAUUGUGUUCGCCAUGUCAAAUUUGACAGGAGGGAAUUUUAUCUGCCCUGUCGAAUUUGAUUGGAGUUCCUUUGUCCGCUGUGUUAAAGUUAUGUUUGAGUGUGGGGUUGGGACAUGCGGAAGAGUUUUGUCCUAUAUUUUCCUAUAGGACGACUUUU